AUGCCACCCACCCCACCCCCCACUAACGGCCUCACGCCCACCAGCACCCAACCCCACCGCAGCCACCCCCUACACGCCACCCUCCGCACUCUCCCCGAAGCCCCCGUCCCGCUCCUCCACGCCCCUCCUCCAAGAUUCCACCGCCGCCACUACAUCACCCUCGAUGAGGAGUUCGAGAACGCACGAAACACCUCUCACCACCAGCCAUCGAACCACACCGCGCAUCACCAGUUCCCGCAAGCAUUGGCAAACGUAACUACCAAACCGGACCCGCAGCAGACAGAGCCAGAUGAGCCCGACGAGACCUUUGGGCGCGCCGGGAUGUUUCGGUACGGCCGUGCGCCGUAUCCGAGGGGGCGCGCGAGGAGAGGGGAGGGGGAGAGCGACGCUAGCGCUGCGCAGAUGGAGCAUGGCCAUGGGGCGGGGGAGAAUGGUACGGCUGCGCCGCAGGAGGGUCAUCAGCAGCAGGAGGGUGAGGAGGAGGACGAGGGGUUCGAGGCGUGGUGUAGGGCUCAUGGGCUCUUGCGCGCGGACCUGGAGGAGGGUGGCGGGGGGGAGGAGGAGGGGGGAGUUUGA